AUGACGAGACUCCCACUUAUCGCCGCUCUGGCCGGCACCUCUCUGGCGCUGCAGGUUCCUCUGCAGCAGCCAAUCCAGCUCCCGGGCCUCUCCAAGCCCGUGGACGGGCCGCCGAAGUCGGUGGCCUCCAGCUUUGAGCACCUGCCUCUCAUCGACACCGAUGCGCUGCAGGCCAAAAUCAAGCCUGCGAACCUGGAGAAGCGUGCCGAAUCACUCUACAAGAUUGCCGAGCUUGGAGAGGAAGAGUAUGGUCAUCCUACCCGAGUUAUUGGUAGCGAGGGACAUCGAGGAACCCUCUCCUACAUCAAGUCGACCCUCGCCGAGCUUGGUUCAUACUAUACCGUAUCCGAACAGUCGUUCCCUGCAGUAUCUGGAAACGUCUUCGAGUCUCGUCUUGUUAUCGGCGAUGAGCUCCCAAAGUCUGCCUCACCCAUGGGUCUAACCCCUCCCACACUUCAGAAUGAGCCUGUCCACGGCAACCUCGUCCUGGUGAAGAACGAUGGUUGCAACCCUUCAGACUAUCCCGCUACUGCCAAGGGCAAUGUCGUCCUGAUCAAGCGCGGUACCUGCUCGUUCGGUGCGAAGUCUGAGCAGGCCGGCAGAGCAGGAGCCAUCACUGCCGUUGUCUACAACACGGACCCCGACCUGGUCCACGGUACGCUCGGUACACCCUCUCCCGACCACAUUGCCACCUUCGGUCUCUCUGGCGAGGAGGGCCUGGAGUACGUACGAAAGCUGCAGCAAGGCCGCCAAUUUGAUGUCAUUUCCUACAUUGACGCUGAGGUCAAGACGAUCGCGACCACCAAUAUCCUUGCACAGACCGCUGGCGGUGAUCCUGAGAACUGUGUUAUGCUUGGUGGCCACAGUGACAGUGUUGCUGAAGGCCCUGGAAUCAAUGACGAUGGCAGCGGCAGUCUUUCUGUCCUUGAGGUUGCCGUCCAGCUCACCAACUUCCGUGUCAACAACUGCGUGCGCUUUGCCUGGUGGGCUGCCGAGGAAGAGGGUCUUCUUGGAUCAGACCACUACGUAGCUUCUCUUUCCGAUGAGGAGAACCAGAAGAUCCGUCUCUUCAUGGACUACGACAUGAUGGGAAGCCCCAACUUUGCCUACCAGAUUUACAAUGCUACUAACGACGCGAAUCCUAACGGCUCAGGAGAGCUGAAGGAGCUCUACAUCGAUUGGUAUGAGAAGAAUGGUCUCAACUACACCUUCAUCCCCUUUGACGGUCGUAGUGACUACGACGGUUUCAUCCGAAACGGAAUUCCCGGUGGAGGUAUUGCCACUGGCGCUGAGGGCAUUAAGACACCAGAGGAGGUUGAGAAGUUUGGUGGAAAUGCUGGCCAAUGGUACGACCCUUGCUAUCACCAACUCUGCGAUGACCUUAGCAACGUGAAUAUCACUGCUUGGGAAGUGAACACGAAGCUCAUUGCUCAUUCCGUUGCUGUCUAUGCUCUCUCCUUCGAUGGCUUCCCCAAGAGGGCCAAGGAGGUUGAGGUGAAGACCUAUGAUGAGAAGGUCAAAUACCACGGACACAAGCUCGUUAUGUAA